AUGCUCUCCACCAUCGGUAGAAAAGGCCCGACCUCCAUGUCUGUGAAAGAAGUCAGUCUGGUAAUAGUGUCCGGUCCUGAGGCGGUUACCAAGGGCAACCUGACCGACAUGGGCAACGGAAACAUUCUGGUGACCGUUAACGAGGUCCCCGAGGGGGAGUUCGUGGUGGUCAUGAGAGGAACGGACCAGGUGUCAGAAACCGAGUUUCAGAGGCAUGUGGAGCCAGGAAACCACAUCAAUAUCCCCUUCAGCGUGAUGACCCAGGGAACCGGGGGAUUAUAUUCAAUCAACAUCAGGAACGACAGAAACUUCCCAAUGACCUACCCAACGAUCAGUGUGGAGCCAGGAAACCACAUCAAUAUCCCCUUCAGCGUGAUGACCCAGGGAACCGGGGGAUCAUAUUCAAUCAACAUCAGGAACGACAGAAACUUCCCAAUGACCUACCCAGGGACGAUCACCUUGACAACGGGACAAUACUCCAACGCUACGGUGAUGAUAACUCCGCCCAGCAGCACAGAAUCAGGAACCGACGCGGAGGACUGCCCCGAGGACCUGUCCCGGUGUGGGUCCCACCGCUGGGGUCUGUCCACCAACAUCACCGACGGCAACGGCACACAGAUCCAAUCGGUUUCUCUGGACCGUGGAAACGGGACUUUGGAUCUUAGCCCCGUUCCGGCUCCCUUAGUCCAGGCCGCCUACAACGCGUCCUGCUGCUCCCAGGAGGUGGAGAUCAUCGCCGUGGACGCGGUGGGGAACGUGGGAAGGUGCUUCCACUCCAUAGCCCGGUCCGGAGGCCCCCCCGCCCUGAGCCUGGCCCCGCCCCUGUGGCUCUGCCUGCUGGCGGCCAUCUUUGUGAGGCCCUAG